AUGAAGUUUGACUCUGCCUUUUCUUACUUUGAAAAGUCGACCGGCAUCGAUCCACGCUACCUCGUAUCACUCUUUCCCAAACUACUUCCCUACCAAACAUCAUUUAGACAGCAACAUCAACAACAACAACAACAAUCACAGCAGCAACAGUCGUCGACAUCAUCACCACCACAACAACAAGAGAAUUUACAAGAAUUGAUCGAUGCAAAUGUGGAUGUAGAGGAUAGAUUAGAGAGAAUGCGAGAGGCCAAGUUGUGUCUGUUGGCCUAUUUGGAGAAACGAUUUGGUAACUUGAAACACAACUCGGACGAGCAAAAGGAUAUAUCGACAGUAUUGAUCAAGCUGUACGCAGAGUUGAACGAACAAAACAAGGCGAUUGCACAUCUUGCCAAACUCGUCCCAUUUUAUUUACAGGAUAUUGAGGAGUGGCUCAGCGCAGAGAAAUACUACUCGACGCUGGGAUACGUGUACCAGUUCUCAGAAAAUUCCAUGUCGUCUCCGGCCACUGGCAUGAGUCCGGCCACAGCAUCACCCACACUCGGUCAACGAGCGUCUGUCUCACUCACCUCUUCAUCCUCUUCUCUCAACCCUGCGUCCGCAUCCCCUCGCACACAACAAAGUUUCAGACACUCUAUGAUACUUGGAAACCAAUCACCCAACAUUCUAAGUAGUAGUCCAGGCCAAAACAUACAUACUGGCUCUUCCAAUUUCGAACUCAAUCCUUCACAAAUCCCAACCAAUGUCACUUCUCCCGACAUUAAAAGUAGUUUAUACGAUCCUAAAAGAACAGAAUUAUUCCUUUGUCUUUUAAAAACCUAUCUUAGUAAAUCUUCAAAACAAUUAAUAGAUAAUUUUAAUCAAUCAUCAUCAUCAACAUCAACUAAUAAUAAUAAUAACAAUAAUAAUAAUGUAGAAUUACCAAAUUAUUUGAUUGAAUUUUUAAACAAAUAUUAUAAUGAAAUGGAUCCAAUCAAAGUAAUGUCAUUAUUACCAUCAAAUACGCUACUUUCAUCGUUGGAAUAUUAUUUGUCCAUGUCAUUUAAUCAUAGUAUAUCGAGUCAACGAGAAACCAAGAUUGUAAAGAACCUUCAAAGAUCACAGAAUCUCAACAUCAAGAUUGAACAUCAAACUGUAUGUUCUGGUAGUAUUCACAUGGGAUUGGAUCGUAAUUGUCCAGUUUGCAACAAACAAAUUGGAGACAAGGUAUUUGCUUAUUUCCCAAAUGGUGUCAUUACUCACUUUAAAUGUUUCCAAUCGACUCAUAUUUGUCCAGUAACUGCUAAAAACUUUAAAAAGAAUCCUACUGAUCCAAUUAGUACAUAA